AUGGACACCACCUCUCCACAGCCCAAAGCCGGGCCACGAGGCAAACGUGGUGCCCGGCCCGGUAGACCAAAUUACAGGCAUAUUCAUCGCCAUCCUCUUCCAGUCAAUGUGCUUUCUGUGCCCCCUGUAAUUCCUCAUAACCCUCUCUCUAUCAUUAGUGUUGCUCUCUCGUACCUUACCUUCCUGAUUUCUCCGCCGCGUCAAGAAGUCUACUCUGCAUACUUCGACUCGGCUACCUCGUCUAUCCAUGUGACAGAUGAGCGUGCCAUCAAGGCGUUGUGGGAGAUGGGCUUCUUCGGCAAGGGUACUCUGAGUCGAAGUGAGCCUAGCUGGCUGGAGCGCGAGAAGAAGAGGCGAGGUCUACUGGGGGGUAGUACUAGUGAGGAGGCGACCAGGAAGCGCAGAACUGAGCGUCGUGAAUUGAAACUGGAGCGUGCGAGGGUCGAGAAGCUGGCAAUUGAGGAACGGCUCAAGGCUGAGGCUGCGGCGAAGGAGUCUGGCGAUGUUCUUCCUGCUGCCGAGGGCCAUACUAUCCCCGGAGAGAAGUUCUCGGUUAAAAAGGCCAUGGAAGCCAGGUAUCGCCAGUCGCGGUCCCAGACAACACCCAAUGGAGACGCUUCUACACCAGCAGACUCGCCAGCAACGCCAAAUGGGAAGUCAGUGCGCUUCUCGCCUGUCGUCCAGGAGAAGGAGGUUGUCUCCAGCUCGGCAGCUUCACUCCACCUCCCUGAUUCUGUUCUUGAUGAGGAAGAGGCUGAUGAGGCUCCCCUUGAAAAUGAAGAACAUCUCCAAGUCUCCAAUGAAGAAGCAUUCUUCCUCGUCUACAGCCUCGGCGUCCUGCAAGUCUACGACCGCGAAGAAAACAAGCCCAUCCCGACUUCAUCUCUCUUCCCACUACUCUGCAAUCAUUCCUACUUCCCUCCUCGCACUGCCUCCGCCGAACUGAAGCCCGACGAUCCUUUCACAAUGUCAUACGUGGUGUACCACCACUUCCGGUCCCUUGGCUGGGUUGUACGUUCCGGUGUGAAAUUCGGAACCGACUACCUGCUCUACAACCGCGGCCCAGUCUUCUCUCAUGCCGAGUUCGCCGUCAUCAUCAUUCCUUCAUACAGCCACUCCUACUGGUCCGAGACCGAGGAGCGACGAGAGUACACUACUAGCCAGCAAGCCCGCAGCUGGUGGUGGUUGCAUUGCGUGAACCGGGUCCAGGCUCAAGUCAAGAAGAGCCUGGUUCUCUGCUACGUCGAAGUGCCUCCGCCUAGUGCCUCAUCUGAUGAUAUCGGAGCUUUGCUUGGCCGCUACCGAGUCCGGGAGUUCCUCCUGCGACGCUGGAUUCCAAAUCGCAGUCGUGACUAG